UAUUAAAUGAAAAUCUGUCCCAACCAAAGAAGAAAAAAACAUGGAAACUCUAAGCACCCCUCUCCCGUCUCUUCCACGUUACUCAACUUCCCUAACUGUCAAUAACGACCACGACCGCCCUGUGUUUCUACAUCUCAAGCGUUGCACCAAUUCAAGCCAGCUUAAGCAAAUUCAUGCCCAAAUGCUCCGCACUGGACUUCUCUUUGACCCAUACUCCGCUAGCAACCUCUUUGCGGUCUCCGCUUUGUCGCCUUUUUCGAGCUUGAAUUAUGCUCGUAAAGUGUUCGAUCAAAUUCCCAAACCGAAUCUUUACACAUGGAAUACCCUCAUUCGGAUUUAUGCUUCCAGCCCUGAACCUCUCAAAGGAAUUUUGAUCUUUCUAAGGAUGGUUCAUGAGAGUCCUUAUUACCCCAAUAAAUUCACUUUUCCCUUUGUGAUCAAGGCUGCUGCUGAGAUUUUUAGUUUAUGUGUUGGGCGGGAACUUCAUGGGAUGGUGAUUAAGGCUUCUCUAGGAGCGGAUGUUUAUGUUUCCAAUUCGUUGAUACAUUUGUAUAUGUCGUGUGGAGAUUUGGAUUCAGCUUAUAGGGUGUUUAUGAUGGUUGGUGAAAAAGAAGUUGUGUCUUGGAAUUCGAUGAUCACUGGUUUGGCACAGAGGGGUUGUGCUGAAAAGGCGUUGCAGAUGUUCCAGAAAAUGGAAGAACAAAAUGUGAAGCCAAAUGAUGUGACAAUGGUGGGCGUUUUGUCAGCCUGCACAAAGAAACUGGACUUGGAGUUUGGGAGAUGGGUGCAUUCAUAUAUUCAAAGGAACGGGAUAAGUGUGAAGUUGACUUUGAAUAAUGCAAUCCUAGAUAUGUACACCAAAUGCGGAAAUCUUGAAGAUGCAAAAACAUUGUUUGAUAUGAUGAAAGAUAAGGAUAUUGUCACGUGGACUACUGUGCUUGCUGGUUAUGCUAAAUUGGGAGCAUAUGAGGAAGCAAGACAGAUCCUUGAUACUAUGCCUAGGCAAGAUAUUGCUGCAUGGAAUGCCCUUAUAUCUGGUUAUGAACAGAAUGGAAAGUCAAAGGAGGCUUUGUCCAUAUAUCAUGAAUUGCAACAGAGCAAAAUUGCUAAACCUGAUGAGAUUACUCUUGUUAGCACUCUAUCAGCUUGUGCUCAAUUAGGAGCUUUGGAAGUAGGUGAUUGCAUCUACGUAUAUAUUAAAGAGCUCGGAAUUAAGCUAAAUUGUCAUCUUACAACCUCGCUAAUUGAUAUGUAUUCCAAAUGCGGAGAUAUAAAGAAGGCCCUUGAGAUAUUUUAUUCUGCAGAGACGAGGGAUGUAUUUGUUUGGAGUGCCAUGAUUGCAGGUUUGGCGAUGCAUGGACAAGGGAAAGCUGCAAUAGAUUUGUUCUCUAGUAUGCAAGAAACUAUGAUCAGGCCAAAUUCUGUGACCUUUACUAACGUAUUAUGUGCUUGUAGCCAUGCAGGGUUGGUAAAGGAGGGCAAAACCAUUUUUGAUAUGAUGGAACCAGUUUAUGGAAUUGCACCUGAGCUCCAGCACUAUUCUUGCAUGGUUGAUAUACUUGGUCGUGCAGGUCUUUUGGAAGAAGCUGUUGAAUUCAUUGAGAAAAUGCCAAAACCUCCUAGUGAAUCUGUAUGGGGAGCUCUGCUUGGGGCUAGUCAAAUUCAUGGAAAUGUUGAGCUUGCUGAAUGGGCUUGUAGCCGUUUGCUUGAGUUGGAUCCUCAAAAUAAUGGAGCAUAUGUUCUUUUAUCUAAUGUAUAUGCCAAAAAUGGGAAAUGGGAUGGUGUUUCUAGAUUAAGGAAGCACAUGAGAGUGACUGGACUAAAGAAAGAACAAGGUUGUAGCAGAAUUGAGGUCAAUGGAGUCAUUCAUGAAUUUCUGGCAGGAGAUAACUGUCAUCCUCUUUCCAAUGAGAUAUACUCGAAACUGGAUGAGAUUGUGGUGAGAUUAAAAUCAGCUGGCUAUGUACCCAACAAGUCCCACCAGCGGCAACUUAUUGAAGAGGAUGACAUGCAAGAGCAUGCUCUUAAUCUUCACAGUGAGAAGUUAGCAAUUGCCUUUGGAUUACUUUAUGUGGAAGCAUCUCAGCCUAUCCGGAUUAUAAAAAAUCUUCGUGUUUGUGGGGACUGCCACUCAGUCGCUAAGCAUAUAUCAAGAAUUUAUAAUAGAGAGAUAAUACUAAGAGAUCGGUAUCGAUUCCAUCAUUUUAGCGGGGGGCAUUGUUCAUGCAAGGAUUAUUGGUGACUGUUAUAUACAUCCAAGAGAGAUUACUCAAAAUAUGUAACUCAUGAAACUCUAGUAAGUGCAGUAAUGGCUUCCAUAGAUCCCCAAGAAUUUCAACCUUAGAAUUCACGUGCUGGCAAUGUAUUUACUACUUAGUGGACAUAUUUUGUACUAAGACUUGAUCAUCCAUCCGUUCUGUUCAUCUUGAAACGGUAACUAUUUUUGUGUCAA